AUGGAAUCUCGACUACGCAAGCUCCUUUCGCCUCGAAGGGCUCAUGCUCAGCAGGCGAACGACGUCGCCGAGCUGGAUUUGCACAGUGUGCCAUAUACUACAGCCCCGUCCCAAGGCCGGCUGCCUGUGUUCGUCAAACAUCCGCUGGGGAAGCCUUCUACCAUCCAGGUCCAACCUGUUGAGGCGCCUGAUCUUCACUCUCUUUCUUAUGAAUCUACAGUGCCAGGCAGGCCGCCUCAGCUCGGUGAUAGACCACAACGUGGCAAUGGCCCUGUCAAGCUUCAAACCAGUCGCCGCCUGAGUUCGGGGGAACUGCUUGUGACCCAACAGGACUAUGAUCGCACUUUGGAUGAUAUCCGCCAGGGCGACUAUAUUCUGGGGGGCAAAGAUCGGAGGACAUCUCAAGCUACAACUCAAUCAAAACCGGCUCAUCAACCUUCGGAUUCAAGGGUGUGGUCCAAUAGCCCAAAUGCUUCGCGAACACAACCAACCUUCUCAAGCCCCCUGUGGGCGCCUCCUUCUUCUAUGAGCGAUGAUGCCGUUUUCGGGGCUUCUGCGGAAGGACAUUACUUCGGAGACUCCGGCGACCACGUGUACUACUCCGGUUCAAGAUCUUCCACAACCGGGCUCGGGAUCACGACGCCAGCUCAGCAAUUAUAUCCUCGGCACGCGGCUUCCAUAAGUUCUCUUCUCGAGCCACACGAAGAGAAAUCCCCUACGAUCCAGGCUCUAUGGAAGGCCGAAUAUAGCCGCCUCGUUUCUAUCUACGGACAAGCAGGGGUAGAUCAAAACAUCAACCAGCUCAACCAAGAGUAUCUGAACAAGCCAUUGCCCGACAUUGAUCCCAGAAUCGCUUCAACCCGUCACCCCGGUCAUUUAUCUUCGACGCAUUCUCUCCCGCCUCCAGUUGAACCUGCUCGGCGAGGCCUAGAAAUCAGAAACAUCACACCGGUGCCCCACCUCGAGCUGGCGUACCGUGAUGACCAUUCCGAACAAUCUUCCAAUCAAAGACACUCCCUUCUUUCGUCCAGUGGUACUUCGUCCUCAUUCACCACGACGCGUACGAGUAUGGCAGAGGAACCCGUCACAAGCAGAGACGACAUCCGCAAAAUCGUGGACGACAUGCGACUGACCUAUCUUCAAGCCAUCGAGGCCCAGACUCCCCCGCCUCCGUCUCUGAGUGAACCUGCAGUCCGAAAGCCUCGGUCGAAAAAGCAGACUCGUUCGCUGACUUCUCCGGCCUCGGUCGAAAGCGGGCUCGGAUCUUCCAGCCGACGGUCCAAAAACUCUCGUUCCAAAUCAUGGCAAUCGUCGUCAUCAUCGCCACAGACAUCCGUCAAUCCUUCAUCGCUCAAGUCUUCGAACUGGCGGACAAGUUCGGCGCCAGGUCGACGGACGUCCAACCUCUUAGUGCCGAGUCUGCCUGCCAUCCAAGCGAGUCCAGCCCGAGCCGGACCGGGGCUGAAACAGCCUGAAGCCGAUGCUGAGAACGACGAGCAUCAUCAUGAUAUCGGCUUGAAACGAGCCGACUCCACGACUUUGGGCUCAAUGGCGGCCAAUCUCACGAUAGUCGACGAUGAAAGAUUGACCCCGUCUCCGUCUCCCAAAAACAUCUCGACCUCUUCGCCGACAUUCUACAACUCCUCGGAAUCGGAGUCUGAGUCCGGGCCUGACACAUCUGCACACACUCCUUCUUUUUCUCUGUCUCCAUCUUCCAGACCAUCUCCCGUCCAAACACCUCCCACUUCGGUCCAACAUACUAGUACUCCUGCGAACCACAAACCAUCUGCACAUUCUCAUGAUACAGCAGACCGGAAAUCUUCAUGGCAGGAGGAGGCCGAUCGUCUAUUCGCCGAGUCGGAGCUCGAUCUCUCAUUAGAGAUUGAGGACUUCGAAAGUCUAUGUGACGAUCUCUUCAACACGCCUGGUCUCGGAAGGCAAUCGCCUGGCAUACUUCGAGCAUGGGACGCCGACGAAGGUCGUGCAUAUAGCGGCAAGGCAAACCCCGAAAGCAUAUCCACGGGCAGUCCCUCUCGGCCGACUAGGAACGAGCGUGUGGUGCUACAGUCAGACCCAGGCCGUCUUGGAAAUCCAUGA